AUGGCAGAAUGUAUUGAAUCUGAAACAUCAAACAGAAUCCCUGUCGUCUUUAAACCUUCCUCAACAAAUGACCGAGGUUCACAGAAAUGUAAACUGAGUCCGUCAGUUAUAAAAUCCCUGAACUGUGAAAUAGCAUCGUUUGUGAGAAUUUCAUUCCCAAAUAAAUCUGUGAUUUGCUGUGCUUGGCCGUCCGAUGCUGAGAAUAGUACAUCAGAUGUUUUUUGCGAUGAUACGGUAUGCGAGAUUCAGGUAGAAAGCAAAAAUAAGACAACUCAUAGUAUUGUUUCGUUGAAAUGCUCUAAAGCUAACACUGUAUCUGUAACUGUUAUAGUCAAAGACUACAAACAAUUUCAUUCGUGGAAAACCUUUUCAAGCAUCUCCGCAAAUCUAGAAAAUAAAUGUUACAAAUGUUUACGAAAUAUAUGCAUAACGAAAAGUUGCUUUAUAAACUUAAAAUGUUCAAAAUUGGCAAGUUUGUUUGGUAUAAAUUCUGUUAUAGUCAAUGGUUUCAGCACGGAAUCUGAUAGUGAUGCGGGUUUGAUUCAUGGUAAAACUAAGAUAAAAAUAGACAAUGUUUUAAGCGAAAAUAGAUACAAGAGUACCCAAAGAAGGAAGCCAUCUUGUUUAGGAGGGAUGAGUGAAGUGAUUAGUCAACUGCUUGAUUUGAUUUAUCUCCCCUUACUUAAUCCAGACAGUUUUAAACAGCUUCGAAUUUCACACACUCAAGGAAUUCUGUUACGAGGACCUCCAGGAUGUGGCAAGACCUCUUUAGUUAAAGUUAUAGCUUAUGAGUGCGGUGCUGCUCUUUUGACAAUAAAUGGUCCAGACCUGCUGGGUUCUAGACCGGGAGAAACGGAAGAUAAUUUGAAGAACACGUUCGCUAAAGCUAAAGAUUUGAGUUUAGAGGGUCCGUGUAUUCUGUUUUUUGAUGAAAUAGAUACGGUUUGUCCGAAACGGAAUAAUUCCAGUAAUUCUCAGGAUUCCAGAGUGACGAGUGCCAUGAUGUCAUGCAUGGAUGAAUUGGAUGAAAAUGAAUCUUUAAUUGUGAUUGGUGCUACAAAUAGACCAUCUGCUAUUGAUCUAGCUUUACGCCGUCCAGGGAGAUUCGAACGAGAGAUUUUAAUAAAUGUUCCGACUAAACCGCAACGGCUGGACAUUUUAUCUACCAUUACAAAGCACCUGGUAACAUGUGACUUGAACCUUGACCUUAUUGCUGAUUUAACCAAUGGUUUUGUUGGAGCCGAUUUAACAUCGUUAUGUAAUGAAGCUGUUUAUAGCGCCAUGACACGUAGGAAUGAUAACCAGAUUAGUGCUGUUGAAAUGCAAGAUUUCUAUUGUGCUAUAAAGAAGGUGAUACCAAGUUUACAGAAAGGUGUAGAAGGUGUUGUAGAUAUUAAACAGGUUGACUGGCAGGAUAUUGGUGGAUUACAUGAUGUUAAACAACAAAUAAAACAGGCUGUAGAAUGGCCGAUGUUACAUCCAGAGGUAUUUAAACGAUUUGGUUUACCUGUAUCUAAAGGUGUAUUAUUAUACGGCCCACCUGGUUGUUGUAAAACUACAUUAGUCAGAGCUGCUGCUACAGCAACACGUACAACCUUCCUGUCACUAAACGGUGCUCAGUUAUUCUCACCUUUUGUAGGAGAAUCAGAGAGAAUAGUAACAGAGACGUUCCAGAAAGCGAGAACCCUGGCGCCAUCUAUAUUAUUUCUAGACGAGAUUGAUUCUAUAGUCGGUAAGAGAUCAGAAGGAGGUUCACAUCGCGGCGUACAGGAACGACUUUUAUCUACGUUAUUGAACGAGAUGGAUGGUAUCGGUAUACGUCUGGAUGAUAAAGUCACAGGAUCUAGUACAGAGGAAGCAGAAGGAGUAAUGCCAGGACAAACACAGGUUAAGGAGAAUCGUAAAUCAGAUGUAGACAAUAGUCGAGUACUUGUUGUUGCUGCUACAAACCGUCCUGAUUUAGUUGAUGCAGCCUUGUUACGUCCUGGAAGACUGGAUAGAAUUGUCUAUGUUCCCCAUCCAGAUUAUCAGGCGAGGUUGGAGAUAUUAAAGAUACAGUGUAAAAAAAUACCUGUGAAUGAUGUAGAUAUAGAAACACUGGCUACAACAACACAAUAUUAUACAGGUGCAGAUUUAACUAGCUUGUGUAGAGAGGCCGCGAUGUUUGCGAUGACCGAGAAUCUUGAAGCGAAUGAAGUAAGAGAGAGAUAUUUUCAUGCAGCUUUAUCUGUUGUUAAACCGUCGUUAAAUGAUGUCCUUAUAGAAAAAUAUAAAAAUAUACAUUUUGGUAAAACCAAUCAGUCAUUAUUAAAGUAAUAUACAAUUUA